CUGCGGUUAGUGCCGAACACGUGACUCGGAUCACCGUGCCCUGAUUUCCAUCCUCAAUCCUCGCGAGUCACGCCCCGCCGUUUUUUUCCAGUCGCCUUUCCUCUCCUUCUUCGCCACCGCCGGGUCGCGCCGCGCAUGGAGACUUCCUCCCCCGUCGUCGUUGACGCCUUCUCCAUCACCAACGCUUAUGGCCUCUCCGUCUCCGCCAAGGCGGUCGCCCGCUACUCCCUCUCCCUCUCCCUCUCCCUCUCCGCCCUCGACUCCGUCGCUCCGCCUGCCGUAGUCCGAACCGACAUAUUUCGCCAUGCCUCCGCCCCGGCCGCCCUCGCCCGCCGCAGCAUGCGCCGAAUCAGGCGGAGGACUCACACAGAGGGUGGCGGCGAGGACGACGGCUUCUUCGGGGACGGCCACGAUGGGCCUUUCGGCGGUGGAGGAGACGGAGGAAGAGGUUGGAAUUCGGGAGAUUCCGACCCUGGCUGGGACGGAUCGGGCGAUUCGUCUUCGUCGGAUCCGGCGUUCGAUUUUAUUUAUGAGGUUGUCUGCUGGAUCGCCUUCUCCAGCUGCGCCCACUUCGCCUUUAAGAGGAUGGGCCGGCUUCUGGCGCCGAGGGGGCCCUCGGUGUGCUGAUCGAACUGUUCCCGGAUAAUGCAACUCACGGAUUAAGGUCUCCUCCUCUUUGGAUGCAUAUAAUUUGUGUAUAGACAGACUCUUCCUUUUCAUCCGUUCAUGUGAAAAUAUGAUUAUGCAAUUGAGUACGGUUUAUUUAUUUUAUUUUGACUGCA